CUCUUUUGCCUUCGAUCAAUCUCUCUCUCUCUCUGUGAUCCCAGCUCAAGUUUCCAGUACAUGAUCAUGGGAUAUCAGAAGCCAGCUUGGUUGGAAGCUCUGUACACUCAGAAGUUCUUUGUGGGAUGUUCAUAUCAUGAAAACUCAAAGAAGAAUGAGAAGAACAUAUGCUGUUUGGAUUGUUGCACUAGUAUCUGUCCUCACUGCUUGCCUUCUCAUCGCUUCCACAGGCUUCUCCAGGUUCGUCGUUAUGUUUAUCAUGACGUUGUCAGAUUGGAAGAUCUUCAGAAACUCAUAGACUGCUCCAAUGUUCAGGCCUACACCAUCAAUAGUGCUAAGGUGGUGUUCAUCAAGAAGAGACCUCAAAACAGGCAAUUCAAGGGCUCAGGAAACUACUGUACUUCCUGUGAUAGAAGCCUCCAAGAACCCUUCAUCCAUUGUUCCCUCAGUUGUAAGGUGGAUUUUGUGCUGAAACACUACAAGGAUCUGUCACCAUACUUGAGGACGUGCAAUUCAUUACAGCUGAGUCCAGAUUUUCUGAUGCCACAAGACAUGACGAUGGCGAUGGGGGACGAAGACAUGAUCACCAACGAGACGCCUCGUUCGACCAUCGUCGACGGCGACGAGCCGAUGAGCUCCUGCACUUCGGCAUCCUCUGGUUCUGACAAUAACGCCGCCGUGAGCGCCAUGGCCUGCACUGAGAUCGUGAGGAAGAAGAGAAGUGCCUGGAACGUGUGUGCGAGGCUCAUGGCGGCGACCCAUAACAAAGUCUCCGACGAAGACAUGGCCACUAGCUUCAGCAGAAGAAAAGGCAUCCCCCAUAGAUCUCCUCUCUGUUAGAUAAUUCAUCAUCGUCAUCCCAGAAAACUUAAACAAGAAGAAGAACAACAACAAAAAGAAAAGCCAGAAAAAAAACCCUACUACUACUACCUACAAAUUUUCUCUCUUGUUUUUUCCUUUAGCCCCGUCAAAAUUAUGAUAUUUUGACUGAAUUAUUCAAAGUUCUCUCUCUCUCUUCUAUGGGUUCUCUCUCGAAAUUGAAGAUUUUGGGGUUUAAUUAACUAAUCACUUGGUCGGGGGUUUUGUCUUAAAGGCAUCACGUGAUUCCCAAUUCCGAGUUAUGGUCUGUACAAUUUUCUAAUGCUCUCUCCUUUUUAUUUCUAUUUUUUUG